AUGACCCUACACAGGUACCCCACAGCAUUUUGUGUGUUCUUUACUUUGUCUCCUGUCCUGCAGAAUAAUGAGAAGCAAAUGCGGCAGCUCUCUGUCAUCCCUCCCAUGAUGUUCGAUGCAGAGCAGAGAAGGGUGAAGUUCAUCAACAUGAACGGGCUGAUGGAGGAUCCCAUGAAAGUUUAUAAAGACAGGCAGUUCAUGAAUGUCUGGACAGACCAUGAGAAGGAGAUUUUUAAGGAAAAGUUUGUCCAACAUCCCAAGAACUUUGGUCUCAUUGCUUCCUACUUGGAACGAAAGAAUGUUCCUGACUGUGUAUUAUAUUAUUAUUUGACCAAGAAAAAUGAAAAUUAUAAAGCCCUUGUGCGGAGGAAUUAUGGCAAACGCAGAGGAAGAAACCAGCAACAGAUUGCUCGUCCUUCUCAAGAAGAAAAGGUAGAAGAAAAGGUAGAAGAGGAAAAAUCAGACAAAUCAGAAAAAAAAGAGGAGGAAAAGAAAGAUGAGGAGGAGAAGGAUGAGAAGGAGGAAUCUAAAGAGAAUACCAAAGAAAAGGACAAAACUGAAGUUGCACCAGAGGAGACAGAGGAAAGGGAGCAGGCAGCUCCUCGGGGCCGAAAAACUGCCAACAGCCAAGGUCGGCGUAAGGGCAGAAUCACCAGAUCAAUGACAAAUGAAGCUGCACAAGCAAAUGCUGCUGCAGCUGCAGCCACUGAAGAGCCACCACCACCUCUGCCACCCCCACCAGAACCUUCUUCUACAGAACCUGUGGAGACAUCCCGCUGGACAGAAGAAGAAAUGGAAGUUGCUAAGAAAGGUCUAGUGGAGCACGGGCGAAACUGGGCAGCGAUUGCCAAAAUGGUUGGGACAAAAAGUGAAGCUCAGUGUAAGAACUUCUACUUCAACUACAAAAGGAGACACAACCUGGACAGCCUCCUCCAACAGCACAAACAGAAGUCAUCGCGAAGGCCCCGAGAGGAGCGAGAUGUGUCACAGUGUGAGAGUGUGGCUUCCACUGUGUCAGCUCAGGAGGAUGAAGAUAUUGAAGCAUCUAAUGAAGAAGAGAACCCAGAAGACAGUGAAGGUGCUGAAAAUAGUUCUGAUACAGAAAGUGCUCCAUCUCCAACUCCAGCAGAACCUGCUAAACCGACUGAAGAAACUCCAUCUGAACCUGCUGCUCCAAAAGUAACCACUGAGGCCCCAGCAGAGCAGGAAUCUGCCAUUAAACCUGCAGCCAGCACAUCUCCCUCCUUACCAGCCCAAAGUGUAUCAACAGCUGAAACUCAGAACCCUGAGCCACAGGUCAAGGAAGAAGUAAACACUGAGGCUGAAGAGCCUAUGGAAGUGGACAGUAGAAGCCAUUCAGCUGAAGCUAAGCCUGUGAUUACUCUUCCAGUUCAUACCAAAGUAGAACCUGUAGAGACUGAAAUGAGGCUACCAGAGAAUAUUCAAGUGAAAAUAGAGAGUGAUACCAAAGAGAGAGAGGUGGAGAAACCCAAGGAAAAGUCAGAACCUGAGGAAAUGGACUACAGCCUGCCCCAGCAAGUUACUACAGCCAGACCAGAAUCCCAUUCAGAUAAUGACUCCAGUGCUACCUGCAGUGCUGAUGAGGAGGUUGAUGGGGAGCCUGACAGACAGGGUAUCUACAGCAGAGAGUCAAAGCCCUCACUGUUAAAUCCCACUGGGUCAAUUCUGGUAUCAUCCACAAUAAAGCAAGGGCAGAUGGACCUGCAACAGCUUCACCACCGAGCUGCUGUCAUCCCACCUAUGGUUUCCUGCAGCCCCUGCUCUGUCCCCGUGGGCACCCCAGUGAGUGGUUACGCUCUCUACCAGCGCCACAUCAAGGCCAUGCACGAGUCAGCGCUGCUGGAGGAGCAGCGGCAGCGCCAGGAGCAGCUGGACAUGGAAUAUCGGGCUGCUGUCAGCCCCUGUGGCACCUCCAAGAGCCCCAGUGUGGAGUGGGAAGGAAAACCAGUGGCCUAUAUGCCUUAUGCUGAGGUCAAGAGAAUAGAACAGGAAGCACAAGUGCAAAAUCCAGCCACAAGGUCAGCAUCACCCUACAGGUUAUCUCCAAGAGAAGUCAAUAAAGCCUCUCCCCAGCCUGAGAUGAAUGCAGCUCGCUACAGUGUCCCUCCAGUUCUCCAGCCAGCCCCCCACCAGGUGAUAACCAAUAUUCCCGAAGGAGUUCGCCUGCCCACAACCAGACCCACCAGACCACCACCACCACUCAUUCCAUCCUCCAAAACCAGUGUGCCAUCAGAAAAACCUUCCUUCAUCAUGGGAGGCUCGAUCUCACAAGGAACACCUGGCACUUAUUUAACAUCCCACAGUCAAGCUUCCUAUGCCCAAGAAACUGCAAAGCCAUCAGUGGGUUCUAUAUCCCUUGGGCUGCCAAGGCAGCAAGAAUCAGCCAAAUCUGCUUCCCUGCCCUAUAUCAAACAAGAAGAAUUCUCACCCAGAAGCCAGAAUUCCCAACCUGAGGGACUCCUGGUCAGGGCACAACAUGAAAGUGUGGUGCGAGGUACCACAACGAUACAGGAGGGGAGUAUAACACGAGGAACUCCAACCAGUAAAGUUUCAGUUGAGACCAUUCCUUCUUUGAGAGGCUCCAUAACUCAGGGUACCCCAGCUCUGUCCCAGUCUGGCAUCGCUGCGGACGCGCUGCUGAAGGGAACCAUCACCCGGCUGGCCACGGAGGACAGCAGCCCAGAGAAGUGCAGGGAGGAGGCCUCAGCCAAGGGCCAUGUCAUUUAUGAAGGCAAAAGUGGGCAUAUUCUAUCUUAUGAUGCUAUUAAAAAUGUCCGUGAAGGAACAAGGAGUCCAAGAACUGCUCAUGAAAUUGGUUUAAAGAGAACCUAUGAUACAAUGGAAGGAAAUAUAAAGCAGGGGAUGUCACUGAGGGAGUCUCCAGGGUCUGCACCACUGGAAGGUUUAAUCUGCCGAGCGCUGCCUCGGGGUAGCCCACACGCUGAACUGAAGGAGAGAACAGUCUUGUCUGGCUCUAUAAUGCAAGGCACACCAAGAGCAACAGCUGAAAGUUUUGAAGAAGGUUUGAAGUACCCCAAACAGAUCAAGAGAGAGUCACCUCCCAUCAGGACGUUUGAAGGAGCCAUCACCAAGGGCAAACCCUACGAUGGGGUCACCACCAUAAAGGAGAUGGGUCGCUCCAUCCAUGAGAUCCCAAGGCAGGACCUCCUAAGCCAAGAGAGUCGCAAGACUCCUGAAAUGGUGCAGACAAGCAGGCCAAUCAUAGAAGGCUCCAUAUCUCAGGGCACACCCAUAAAAUAUGAAAGCAACUCUGGCCAGUCUGCCAUCAAACACAAUGUAAAAUCUUUAAUCACUGGACCAAGCAAGCUGCCCCGGGGAAUGCCUCAGCUGGAAAUGGUGCCAGAAAAUGUGAAGGUGGUGGAGCGAGGAAAAUACGAAGAUGUGAAGACCGGGGAUGCCGUGCGCUCCCGUCACACGUCAGUAGUCAGCUCUGGUCCCUCUGUUCUCAGGUCAACUCUUCAUGAAACUCCCAAAUCACAGCUGAGCCCUGGGAUUUAUGAUGAUACAAAUGCUCGGAGAACACCUGUGAAUUAUCAGAGUCCAAUGUCCAGGAGUUCACCUAUGAUGAAUAGAGUUAGUGAGGCUUCUUCUGGGAAGCCAGCAAAUCAUGAAAGGAAGAACACUCUCACUCCAACACAGAGGGAGAGUGUGCCAGCAAAAUCUCCAGUGCCAGGGGUUGAUCCUGUAGUGGCUCACAGUCCUUUUGACCCUCACCACAGAGGAGCAACUCCUGAAGUCUACAGGGGUCACCUCCCUCCCCAUUUAGAUCCUGCUAUGCCAUUUCACAGGGCUCUGGAUCCUGCUGCUGCUGCUUACCUGUUCCAAAGGCAGCUGUCCCCCACGCCGGGGUACCCCAGCCAGUACCAGCUGUACGCCAUGGAGAACACGCGCCAGACCAUCCUCAACGACUACAUCACCUCCCAGCAGAUGCAAGUCAACCUCCGGCCCGAUGUCACCAGGGGAUUGUCCCCCAGGGAGCAAACCUUAGCACUCCCUUAUGCAGGAGCACGAGGAAUUAUUGACCUGAACAAUAUGGCCCCCACUAUCUUAGUGCCUCAUCCUGGAGGAACGAGCACCCCACCCAUGGAGAGAAUCACAUAUAUCCCUGGCACCCAGCUUACCUUCCCUCCCAGGCCUUACAACCCUGCUUCUCUGUCACCAGGACACCCCACACACCUGGCAGCUUCUGCAGCAGCAAGUGCUGAAAGGGAACGGGAAAGGGAAAGGGAGAAGGAACGGGAAAGGGAGAGGGAACGUGAACGAGAGCGGGAAAGAGAACGAGAACGUGAGAGGGAGAGAAUCACCUCAGUCCCUGCUGAGCUCUAUCUCCGACCAGGUGCAGAGCAGCCUGGCAGACCCGGCAGUCACGGAUAUGUCCGGUCCCCAUCCCCCUCUGUCAGAAGCCAGGAAAACAUUCUGCAGCAAAGGCCAAGUAUUUUCCAAGGAACCAAUGGGACAAGUGUAAUCACACCUUUGGAUCCUGCUGCUCAGCUACGUAUCAUGCAGCUCACCCCUGGAGCUCCCUCGAUCACUCAAGGCUUGCCAGCUUCCCGUUACAACACUGCUGCUGAUGCCCUGGCAGCACUGGUGGAUGCUGCAGCCUCUGCUCCUCAGAUGGAAGUUGCCAAAGCAAAGGAGAACAAGCAUGAAGGAACCAGGAUAGAAGAGAACAUGGGACGCCGGUCAGCUGUGGUGACUGACCAGCAGCAGAUGGAGCAGAAAACCCUGGAGGUAGAAAAGAGGCCUGUGCAGUGCCCCUAUACAUCUGCAAAUUACUCUGGUGGCAAGUCCCAGGGACAGACUUCAUCAGUAGUCUAUUCAGAGGCUGGUAAAGAGAAAGGACCUCCUCCUAAAUCCAGGUAUGAGGAAGAGCUGAGAACUCGAGGAAAGACCACAAUUACUGCUGCUAACUUCAUAGAUGUGAUCAUCACUCGCCAGAUUGCUUCAGACAAGGAUGCUCGAGAUAGGGGCUCUCAAAGUUCAGAUUCUUCCAGUAGUUUGUCCUCACACCGGUAUGAAGCUCCUGGAGAUGCCAUUGAGGUGAUCAGCCCUGCAAAUUCACCUGUACCUGCUCAAGAAAAGCUACAGCCCUAUCAACAGGAGACACCCAAACCAAGCCAGGCAGAGACUGACCCCAGCAGGCCAUACGAGGGCCCCAUUCACCGCUACAGGACACAACAGGAGCCCCCCUCACCCCAGCAACCUCCACCUCCCUCCUCCCAGGCAGAAGGGAUGGCACAUGUGCCCAGGACCCAUCGGCUCAUCACCCUUGCUGAUCACAUCUGUCAAAUUAUCACACAAGACUUUGCUAGAAACCAAGCAGCUUCUCAGGCCUCUUUGCAGCCUCCCACCACUACAUUCCAGAAUUCCACCCCUGCUCCAGCGCCUGUUUCUGGCCGGGCCAAGAGCUCGAACCGCUACAGCCCCGAGGCGCAGCCACAGCCCGUGCACCACCAGCGGCCAGGGGCCAGGGUGUCCCCUGAGAACCUCUCUGACAAGGCCAGGGGAAGGCCUGGAAAAUCUCCAGAGAGGAGUCACGUCCCCUCAGAGCCCUACGAGCCAAUCUCGCCACCUCAGGUCCCGGUUGUACAUGAGAAACAGGAAAAUGUUCUUUUGCUUUCCCAAAGAACUGAGCCUACUGAACAGAGGACUGACUCUCGCUCUCCAGGCAGUAUCAGUUACCUGCCUUCGUUUUUCACCAAACUUGAGAACACUUCACCAAUGGUAAAAUCCAAGAAACAGGAGAUAUUUCGAAAGCUGAACUCAUCUGGUGGAGGUGACUCUGACAUGGCAACUGCUCAGCCAGGGACUGAAAUAUUCAAUUUGCCAGCAGUCACUACCUCAGGUGCAGUCAGUUCUAGGGGUCACUCCUUUGCAGAUCCUGCCAGUAAUCUGGGUCUGGAAGACAUUAUUAGGAAAGCACUGAUGGGGAACUUUGAUGACAAGAGUGAGGAGCACGGGGUCGUCAUGUCCCAGCCUCUGGCGGUGGCUCCGGGCGGCUCCGGCGCCGCGGUACCGGCGAGUAACGAGCCACGCAGGGAAGAAGCCAAUCCAUCUCCAAAUUCAGGUGGGGCAGUCAGCAAGCAGAAGAUCAUUGGCAAAUCGAACAGUAGGAAGUCAAAGUCUCCGAUUCCUGGGCAGGGAUAUUUGGGAACUGAAAGACCUUCUUCUGUCUCAUCUGUACAUUCAGAAGGGGACUACCACAGACAGACUCCAGUGUGGGCCUGGGAAGACAGGCCUUCAUCAACAGGUUCCACCCAGUUUCCAUACAACCCUCUGACCAUGAGGAUGCUGAGCAGCACCCCCCCAACCUCCAUCACCUGUGCCCCCCCAUCCAUGAGCCAAGCAACCACUCACCCACAGAACAGGAUCUGGGAGCGAGAGCCUGCACCACUGCUUUCAGCACAAUAUGAGACUCUGUCUGACAGUGAUGACUGAACUAUGCAGAUUAUUAUUUUUUUUUAAUUUGCGGGUCAAAAAAAGAAAUCUAUUUUUGACUUGUGCCCAGAGACUUUCCAAGAGAGCAAGGGCCACACAAUGAAGAAUUGCUGGAGAGUCCAUGAAAUGCCUUCUGCACAGGCUGUGUGUUGGAGGAUUGUGGUCGAGAAGGUUGACUUACUAAAGAUAAAUAUGUAAAGAGUUUUUAAAAAUGUGGACUAUUCCUGCUCUACAUCUAUUUGUAAAGAAAACCAUAAUGUCUUUUAAAUCAUUCUUCUGUAAAUAGAGAGUACUUUUUGCAGUGUUUUUUCCCUUGCUAUAGUAUCUGGUGUACUUAUGUUCAAAUCAUUGCCUAAACUUUGGGGGUCAUUUUGUAAUUUUUUUUAAGCAUUUUCUCCAGUGUAGAAUACUCUUCAUAACCCUAGCCUCCCUCAGCCUAGCCUAACCAGAACCCCAGCCUCCCAACCAUCAUUGCCCACUUAAUGCCGUGCCACUUCCUGCAGGCAUUGUGCUUUUAUAUAAUUUUUUUUUCCCUAGACACACUUUCUCAGUGGUGUUCAAGCUCUUGUGAAAAUGUUGAUUUUUAAGACUGACCCCUUAGUGAAUUCUGUACAUUAACAUAACUCCAGUCUGCUGGAAUAAGAUGAUAUAUUUCUUUGGAAUUUGAAAUUCUGCCACAUUGUAAAUUUUUGGUGCAGUUGGUUUUAUUUAGCAACACUGCAGUAAUAUUAUUGCAUGGGUAUGUUAUGGUUCAUUUUUAAAAGGUUAAAGAAACAAAAAAAGAACAGCUUCUGGAGGCAUACCUCACUGUUAUGCACACUGGGAAUUUUAACUGUGCCCUAAAAGCCUAUUCUUAGUGUUCUCUGUUUCUGCAUUGUAUGCAGUCAAAACAGGCUACUAAAUUUUUCUGUCAUAUUUAACCACAGCAAAUGGCUUUUCUGAACAGAGGCUCUGGGUGGGUUGAUAAAUCCUUUAAGAAGAAAAAUCUCCACAUCCCAAGUUUAAAUAAAACAAAGUGCUUUUUUAGAAUAAUUGA